UAAGGCUGGGCAUAAGGGUUCCAGUGGAAAUACACCUGACACAACUGAUUUAAUGUAUCAACAAAUAGACAGCAUCUGUGUUAUUAUGCCAACAAAAUGUCAUUACAGCAACUGGUCCCAAAUGUCUCCGUAAAUAGAGAAAAAAAAUGUUCUGGUUUGUUGAAGGGUGAUUAAAAACACAAACAUGUAACUUCAGCAUGUUUUGCGUAACCUCUGAACCGGAGUUAUUAUAGAACAGGUGACCUGCGAGUAUAUGGACAGGUGAAUCAGAAAGAUGAGUCACAGACAUAUAUCAUAAUGAUUUCCCGGCACCACAAGCCCUUCUUUCAAAGAGACUGUUUUCAUUGUUCCCAUGACAACUUAAAAAAAAAAAAAAAAAAAAAAAAAAGAUGAUGAAAAUUCAUUGGGUUCCUAUUGAGCAUGGCUGUUUCUAUAGCAACAGGAAGAGAGAAACUGGAUGAGUAAGCGGCAGGAGCUAUGAGUGUGUGAGAAUGAACGUGUAUGUAAGAAAGAUAGAGUAUUUAUUGUAUUGAUUUGGAAGGAUAUAUGAUUUCCUUUUGUGACAUCUCAGUAGUACCUACCUGUACUUCCUCUAAAUCCCACUUCUCAUCCUUUCACACAAUUGUGCCCCCCUCCAUUGGGCAUUGAGUGCUCCUUGCCUCCCACCAUUUCUGUCUGUGUGCCUUUGCACCUCCUCCCCCCUCCACGGUGGAUUUCCUCUCAUAGAAGGAGCGUGUGGUGUAUAAUCAGAUGACAACGACUGAUAAUCCAGCAAUACACCUACUCUGUCCUGUUCACUUAAAGCGGAGCGAGAGAGCAGGAGUGGAAGAGAGGAAAGAAGUGAAGGAGGCGGGAUCCGUCUGGGCAGAGGGGAAGGAGACGAGAGGAGGAAGUGGGAGUAGUUUAUUCACUAUGGAGGAAGGACAAAGACCUGCAUCUGAGAUCUACCUCCCAAGCAUCAGUCUUGGAUCUGCUGAUGGUGAAACAGUGGAGAACCAUGAGUUGCCAACCAUUUCUUUAUCCAAAAGCUCGACAGAAAUGGUCAGUGGACCUCCUCAACGAACAGAGCUGGCAUGGUACCGUCAGAACUUGCGUAAGUGCGUCAGCAGUGCAACAUGUACUCAAAGGCCUAUCAGUCUGGGUGGAGCAUCGUCAGGAGUCCCUGUGAAUAUUUGUGACCAUGAACAGGGGAGCAUGUGCAGUGGCAACAGCACCCAUGAGACUGUAAUCUGGCAUGGAGGAGCAGCAAGAUCCUGGAGUUUCAUGGAGGACUCGCCCAGAAGGUUUCCAAUGCACGAUCCUCUCUUGGGGCAAAAUCAGGUCCAUAGUGGUGUGAAGUGUGUGCCACACACACCUUACACAAAUAGAGAUUUAGGGAUGAAGGGUCUGAUGUGCAGGGAGGGAUGUUGUUCAUGUUGUGGCCCUGCAGAGAAUCUGAAAGAGUGCAGCUGUUGCAGAGUUCCUUGUAGAAUGAGUUCUUCGGGUCUGAGCAACAACUUCACACCACAGGGAGCGAAUACAGAAGACCAUGCUCAGAGCAACUGUGAAAGUCAUCAUUUCACUGCAUGCCAUAGAUCUACCUGUUCUGGUCACAUGCUGAACACUGCCUGUUUAAGAAAUACUUGCAGUGUUGUUCCAUGCUCUGGACAUUUGAUAUCACGGCCACCUUGUGCAGGAAGCCCUUGUGCAGGACAAAGAUCACUGCUGCAUUCAGGCCUGCUCGGUUUCCCACCACUUGUGUCCUCAGUCAGUGAGACCAGACUUGACAGCCGCAGUACAGGCCAGUGCUGCGGAUCUGAGUUUAGGGGGCAGAACUCUUCUUGCCUUCGACUAGACAGAACAGGCCUGACUGGUUUUAACAAGACAGUCAAAGAUGCCACUACCAUGACAUCUGACCAUGAGCUCAGAGAUGUUGGUGUGCAAACCUUGUCUGAUUCCCUUGCCUUGCCUCUUUCUCAUGUAUUUCCUGAAAUUAGUUUAAGAGCGGAUCCUAUUUCAGACACACUUUCGGAGCACAUGUGUCAUAAGACCCCAGUGAAGGAGGUGGAAUGGGAUGCUGAGGGUAUGACAUGGGAGGUGUAUGGUGCAGCUGUGGACCCUGAAGAGCUUGGCCUAGCAAUUCAAAGGCAUCUGGAACUUCAGAUCAAAGAGACUGCAGCUGCGGCAGCUGCAGCUGCUCAGACGCAAGACUCCACGGACAAUGACAGCAGCCUAGCAUUGCAGCCCAGGCGACGGAAGAAGAGUGAAGGCAUUAUAAAAACACUGCGCAGUUCAGCAUGUUGCUCUAACCCCAGUACUGUGGGAGACUAAGGAGAUCAUCGAAGGGCUGGAUAUUGCCUUUUCAGUUUGUGGAUGCCUAGGUUAGGUAAAGAAAGGUUAAGGCUUUUCCUUGAAGGUGGAAAUGGAUU